UGUAAUUAUUGUGCAACAGUACAGCCAUUUCCCUUUUUUAUUCUGGGCACUGUGUUUUUUUUUUAGCACAGUUAGAAACCAUGUAAUAAUCAGUUUAUAUAUUUAUUAUCUGCCAGGAAGUCUACUGCAUGUAUUUAUCUGCUUUUAACUAAAAUUAUAUUUUUAGAUGUUAGAAGGUUAUUUAUAAGAAGGCGAGGAAUGUGAGUUCUUUAUGUGUAUGACCUAUUUCGGAAGAUUGUGACGUUAGCAAUAAGAGAUGCCAUAUUUGGCUCGAAAAUAUUACAUUUUACUAGUGUUUUUUUUAAGGACUCUACGAAAUACAAUUAAAAAUAAAGGAAUUCGGGAUUGGGAUAAUGUUGAAUUCGAAGAAUCAGUGGAGGAGCUUAUAGUAUCUAUAAAAGCUCUGGCAAAUCCAAAAUAAUGACAUAAACCGCCUUAAUAAAUAGCAGUUGGAGCACCCAUUGGCUGGGUUGGUACAUGGAGCUCAAGUAGCCAAAAAACACAGGCGCUCUCACAUAGUAACAUAAUAGUAACAUAGUAAGUUAGGUUGAAAAAAGACACACUUCCAUCAAGUUCAACCUUUUGACUUUUUUUUUAACCUGCCUAACUGCCAGUUGAUCCAGAGGAUCCAGAGGAUCAAGUGGCAAUAAAUACGAAUCGAAUAUAUUCUAUAAGAACAGAUUCGCCUUUAUUAAUUCACUGAAGGGUAAAUGCAAUUCCAUUAGGUGCUGCGCCCUGGGCUGGCCUAACUGGUCUGCAAUCCACUGUUUGAUUUAGAUGGUCUAAAUUGUGCAAGUGGGUGAGCUCACAUACUAAUAUACACACGGACAUUUCGUUUAAAACGAGAGUCAGAUAUGAAAACAGAUGUUUAUAAAUAUAUAUGUUUGUCUACGUGCACGCGCUCUGCUUCGACGUGCACGUGCCUCACUAUACCAAAUCUCAUAUGUGGGGCAGGGAGAGGUACAAGGUUGUGUUUGGAAGUGUAGGUGUGAGGGCAGUUGUCUUGUCCCAUGAUCAGUAGCCGUUAAUGCCAUUAAUUGCCUCUAAUGCCUAAUAACAAAGUUUUGCUUUUGAGCACCAAGCUGGGAUCAGCGCCCUUUGUUACUGGUGUUACUGGAAACUGUGACAGUGGCCGAGGGGGGUGGACUUCGUGUUUUGGUUUGUUCUCAUUUGGCAAGAAAGGGCGUGAUGUAAAGGCUGCGUCUAUCGCUGCUCACGUGAUCCUCCCCCGCCAAUGGCAGUCGCCUCUAGGUUUGACUAUGUUUAAUGUCAGAUGGCAAUAAACUAGAAGCUCCUGGUCAGGCCCGCGGAAAUGGGAGAACAUAAUCUUCUUAAUCCCGGGUUUGUGGGACCUCUGGUGAAUAUCCACACCGGGGACACCUUCUACUUCCCCAAUUUCAGGACCCCUGGCGGACAGUUACCUGGUUUACCCUCUCUUUCUUAUCCAAGAAGGGAAAAUGUCUGCUCUCUGCCCUGGGCAUCUACAGAGCCCUGCAACGGAUACCCCCAGCCUUAUCUCAGCAGCCCGGUCUCCAUUAACCCUUCUUUCAGCCGGGCUUGCGAUCUUAGCAGAGUGGAAGAGACCAAAUGCUAUUACCGGGAGGGGUGCAACAACCCUGACAUCCCCAGCCUGAAAAGAGAGGAAAGGCUUAGGGAGAAUGUCCUGAUGCCUCUGGACAGCGGGAUCCAUAACGGCAUGAGCAGCACUUUCCAUAAAUACGACUACACGGCUGUGGACUCUGUUCCCCUCAACCCACCCUCCUGUCAGUCUUUGGAAUCGGAUUCCAACUCGUCCUUGCUCAAUGAAGCCAACAAAAGCGCAGCGUCUGAAGCAGUCGCAAUGGCUUCUCCGACUAAUCAAGGCAACAACAGUCUCCCUGCCAGUGGGGCUCCUUGGUACCCAAUUCACACAAGGUCCCGAAAGAAAAGAAAACCCUAUUCCAAGAUACAACUGGCUGAGCUGGAAGGGGAAUUUAUGGUAAAUGAAUUUAUCACCCGGCAACGGAGGAGAGAACUGUCUGACCGGCUGAGCCUCAGUGACCAACAGGUGAAGAUUUGGUUCCAGAACCGUCGAAUGAAGAAGAAAAGACUUCUAAUGAGAGAACAAGCACUGUCAUUCUUUUAAACCCAGCGUGGGGGUGAGGGAAUAAUUAUAAUAAACCACCAAUAUCUUCA